AUGCCGCGGUACUGCGCUGCUUCCUGCUGCAAGAACCGGGGGGGACAAAGCGCCAGGGAUCAGCGCAAGCUGAGCUUCUACCCAUUUCCACUUCAUGAUAAAGAGAGACUUGAGAAAUGGUUGCGGAACAUGAAACGUGAUGCCUGGACUCCAAGCAAGCACCAGCUUCUCUGCAGUGAUCAUUUUACCCCCGAUUCCCUUGACGUGCGAUGGGGGAUACGGUACUUGAAACACACGGCUGUGCCAACCAUUUUCUCUUCCCCAGAUGAUGAGGAAAGAGACUCUUCCCAGAGCACUGUGCAAGAGGUAAAGAGAGACCUGGAAGAAACAAAUUCAAAUGUGGAAUCAGAGAAGGCAUCUGUGUCACUUGAACCUUGUAUACCAAAGAAAAAUCCUGUAAUUGCAGAAAACCUAGGUGAAAAAGCAGAAGUAGUUUGCUCAACUGCAUUGAGUAAACCUUUACAGAUUCAAAAAUUGCAACUUCAAAAUGGAGAACACUUCCAGGCAGACAGCAUCAUUCUUGGUAAUACAUCUAACCUGCAUAUACAUCAACCUAAUCCUGUUUUAAUGGCAGCAGCAGUCCAGAGCAUGGAAGCUACCAGUGUUCAUACUUCCGUGGAGGAUCCUGUAGGUUGUACAGCUACAGUCUUGCAAUUUACAGACCCUGAUUACUUGAAUUCAUCUCUGAAACUGAAAAAUGCUUUAGGUUCAGUUACUGAUUAUGCAAUUGAAAAUCCUAACUCUCAUGUUGUAGGCUGUUCUGUUGAAGUACAGCCAGCAAGUGAAAAUGCAGUUUUACUGAGUACAGUCACGCAAACUAUUGAGCAGUUCAGUGGAAAUGAAGAAUCUGUCAUUGCUAUCAUUGUGCCAGCCGAGAGUCCAGAAGAGUCUGAAAUCGUUAAUAGUUCUUUCUUGCCUGUUAAGCAAGAGAUUCUUGACACAGAGGAGACAGAAACUGAUAAAACUAUGUACAUGAAUGCAUAUAGUGGAAGUGAAGUAUUACAAACUGAGCAUUCAUACUGCAAACAAGACAUAGACAGAGAUCACCUCUGGCAAAAAAUUUCAAAGCUCCACUCUAAAAUCACUCUGCUUGAAAUGCAGGAGAUAAAAACAUUGGGGAGACUGAGAUCCUUGGAAGCACUCAUUGGACAACUGAAGCAAGAAAACCUGCUUUCUGAAGAAAAGCUGAAGAUUGUAGAGAACUGCUUUACAACACUUGAAGUGACUAUGAUACAGUAAAGACUUACAGUGAUAGUUCUAAAAUAUCUUUUUAGCCUCUGACUCUGUGUACAAAUUAGCAUUGGUUUUGGUCACAGUGUUUUAAAUGUCAAGUGUAAAUUAUGUGAGAAACAAAUAUUUUUUUAAAUGUUACACCAACAACUACCAAAGCUAGGUUAAAAUAUUGCCUAUAAAACAUGACUUGCAAGAAAGCUUUAAAAGAAAAUUAAGCCUGUUAAAGUUUUGGAAAAAAAAGUAUUUUAAUUGAAUUAAUAAAAGAGAAGUUAAGCCUUUCUAGCUGCAGGCUUCUCUAAAACGUGCAACUCGUGCAUUUGGGGCAGCAGUACUAUGGACAGAAUAAGCAUGCAGGAUGGACAAUUAUGAACCUGUUGUUUAAAAAAAAAAUGUAUACUAAUUCUCUUUGAAAUGAGUAAUGAAGUAUGCAGUACACAUUGUCCACUGAGGCCGUAAGUGUUCUCAUAGCUUUUUGUGCACUUUGACCUUAUUAAAAUUGUUUCUGCAA